AUGUCUCAGCUUGCGAAACGAACUCUAUCCAAGCUGGAAGAACAAUCCCAGCCAGUGAUCUCGCCCCCCCAGGAACCGUUCACUAUCAAAAUCAAAAUCCGAGCAAAAGAUGGCUUGACUUGUACGGUACCUGCUAUUCUCGACACCGGUUGUCCGGUAGAUCUAGUAAGUCGAUGGUUUGCCCGGCAAUAUCUAUGUGAAAGAGAAAAGGGUGAAGGGGAAGAGGAGGAGAAGAAGAGCCAGGGGAAGAGCCAGGAGAUACAUGGAGCCAAGGCUCCCAGGGCUAAACUCACAACCUCUGGCGAGUGGUGCGUCCCAAUCGCCACCACGUGCAGUCAAGGUAAAGCGAUCUUCUUUACAAGUUUCUGUGCAGGGGUCGAAAGAGACGCUCAAUUGCCCCCGAUUAUCCUCGGCAUGACAACGCUCGAAGCUCAGAACAUCUCCCUAGCCCCUCGAAUCCAGAGCUGGUGGCAGUCACGCUCGCCCCUCCCGUUUGUCGCGGAACGAAUCGGUAUAGCUCCGAAUUACAAUUUCGUGGCAGAAGAUUCCUUCUUCGUUGGUCAGAAAAAGAUGCCCUUACGGGUCAUUCUUGAUACCGGUACCAUGACGAAUGGAGUCUCUAUUGACUUUGCAAGGCAGUACUUGUCGCAGGUCGAGUCCGCGCAGGAGUCUACUUGGAUCGAUGCUCAAGGUAAAGAGCACCGCUGUGAUGGACUCUGGGAGCUGCCUCUUCGCCUUAAAAGCUCCGACGAGAAACAAAGAUCGUUUACUGCUCUGUGCUGGGGCAUGGACCUUGGUGAGCCGUCCGCCGGGAAUCAUCACAGCGUGCGGCUUUCCAUUGCAACACUCGCGGAGCAGGAUAUCGUUAUUGCCUGUGGAGAUUGGAGCUUCGCCUUUGGCGAAGAAGCCAUGAAAUCUGAGAGUUGGGCUCGAAGGCUCGUACGUUCCGGAAUAGAGAAGGCGAGAUCCCUGAACGAGAAGACGAGAGCGCCCAACACUGAUGGAAAAUGGUAA